GUAAAACGAUUUAGUCGACGUCAUCAAACUACGACCGGAAGCGUACUAAUGACGUCAUCUUUGUGAGACAUUUGUUUACACCAUGGCGGCGGUGGAUUUCAGAGACAACCUUCUUGGGAUAUCCUGGGUGGACAGCGGCUGGGUACCGAUUCUUAACCCUGGAAAUGUACUGGACUACUUCUCUGAGAGAAGUAACCCCUUCUAUGACCGAACCUGUAAUAAUGAGGUAGUGAAGAUGCAGCGGCUUACUCUGGAACAUCUGAAUCAGAUGGUGGGAGUGGAGUACAUUCUUCUCCAUGCUCAAGAGCCAAUUCUUUAUAUAAUCCGGAAACAACAGAGGCAGUCGCCAACACAAGUGACCCCCUUGGCUGACUACUACAUCAUAGUAGGAGUGGUGUAUCAGGCCCCAGACCUGGGAACAGUUAUCAGCUCCAGAGCGCUUUCUGCUGUCCAUGGAAUCCAGUCUGCUUUUGAUGAGGCCAUGUCAUAUUGCCGCUAUCACCCAUCCAAAGGAUACUGGUGGCACUUUAAAGACCAGGAGGAGAGAGAAAAAGCCAAACCCAAGUCUAAGAAGAAAGAGGAAGCGAGUUCACUGUUUCAGAGGCAACGUGUUGACACGCUCCUUUUGGACCUCAGGUCAAAGUUCCCACCAACAUUCUACCAGCCUAAGCCUGGUGAGAAGCCUAUCCCAGUUGAGGUGAAGAAAGAGCCUGAACCCCCCGCGGAGGCUGUAAAACAAGAGGAAAGAGAACCAGCCACAAAGUCCUCCGCCCCAGCUCCGCCAAGCAAACCGCCUCCUGAGAAGAGAGCAAGAUUACAGUGAGAGUCAUUCUUCUCACACUCUGGGAACAUUUGACUCGAGGAAAUGUGAAGUCCUACAGCUCUAACUGAAAGAACAGCCUGGGAAUAUUUUUGUUCCCUCUCCAAAUUUGCAAGAUCGUCUGCCGCUCUGCUCAUUUGAUCAGUUUACAGGAGGCUCAGAAUGAACUGGCACAAAAAGUGUCAGUAUCUUGUCUCAGUGCCAGAAACUACUUUUACACUGUAGCCUUAUUUGUACGCGUGAUAAGUUUGGCAUCAUGGACAUUUCAGGCAGCUGCACUACCACCAGGGGUUAACUGCCUGAUGUCAGCAGGCAUUUAGCAGUAUUCACUUAGGAUGAGGUUUUUUGGUGGUAAGCUGACAUCAGCAUCAGUGUCGGUUUACUGUUGACAUCAGCAGAAUAUUUGUGUCGUAGUGACUUCAGAUGAGUUUAGUUCCCAGGGUGCUUCACAGGGUGAUGUGUCAUAAUGCAUCAUCUCAUUUGAAAAGCAAAAAGCUUCUUGACUCAAGCACCUCUCUUUAAUUACAAAUAUUUAAUCUUUUUUUUUUUUUUUUUUAAAGGAAUGCCUUUUUUGUGUUUUUGUAUUAAAAUGUAUCAGCUACUGUG